AAAAAAUGACGUAGCUAACGGUGUGUGCGCGACACAGGGCAGCUCCUGUACGAAGUUUUUGGAGAUGUACUCGAGGGCGUUUUCGUCGAUUUGCUGACUAUUGCGGCCAUCGUAACGCGAGUGUGUGGGCACCAAACUGUUUAAUGAAAAAGACAGUCUUUAUGUCCAGAGGCUGAGAGGACACAACGAGGAUGUCUGAAGAUGCCUAUUUAUCUACUGGAUCAGCAUUUGUAUCAGCAAACUUCAAGAAAAGAAAGUCACGCUUUACAUUUUCUGAGGUUCAGCUUCUGCUGAAUGAAGUGAAGAGAAAUCGUCACAUAUUGGUUGGUAAAUUCAACCAAGGUGUCUCCAGUGAUGUUAAGAAACGAACAUGGGCCGCUCUUGCAGCUCGCAUUAACGAGAUCAGCGAGUGUCACAGAGAGGUCAUCGAGAUCGUAAAGAAGUGGUCUGAUCUCAAGUGUGACACUAAGCGCAAGGUUGCAGCCAUGAAAGCGUCCGGCUUCUCUGCUGCCCGCAUAACUGGCGACCUUUCUCCUAUCGAAAGAAUGGUGCAUCGGAUUCUCCAGCCCGGACCUGAGGAGAAGUUCCCGCUGUCAGACAGCAUUGUAAAUGAGGAUGAGGACAGCCAAGGGUCCUCUGGAGUGCCACUUCAUAUCCCUGGUAUGGCAAAUGGCAAGCUGCCCAUCAAGCCACGGGGUGUGCAUCACAACUCUGGAAUGAGGAGCAGAGGAGACACUGAGCUGCCACUGGAUUUGUCAUACAAUUAUGAUUCUGCAGUACCUCUUACUGACCUCGAGAAUGACCCGUCAGACCAGGACCCACCCAGUGAAACAGAAGACCAGUCUGAUCAAAACAAACUUCUCCCUGACCCACCCACUGCUGACAGAGACCAGAUCAAAACUGAAAAUCAACCUAAGGCAUCAAGCAAUACUUCAACUCUUGCAGGAAUCUCUUCACAUGUAGCUGUUUGUCAUCUAGCAUCACAAGGCCCCAACGGUCUCCAGGAGCACCUCGCCAAGAACGCCUGCCUCAGCCUUCAGGAGCAACAGGCUACCACAAAGCUGUUAGGGACACUGUCACGUUCACUGGAGUCAGUGGCUGAGUCAGUGCAGAUGCUGGUGCAGACGCAGCAUGAGUUUGCACGGAACAUGCUGCGUCUUCAGAGAGAUACACUGCACGUGCUGCGUGACUUUUCCUCCAGUGCACUGGCACUGAUGCAGGACAAAUCCAACGGCCAUCCAUAGCACCUGCAUCUCACCUAAACCUAGUCUACACUAGUGAUGGAGGAAAUUUGUUGCUGCGUAAUCAAACCUAUGAAAACUUUAACCAAUUUAAUCAAUUGAUUUUCAUUCCAUUUAACUUCAAUGGGUUUUGCCAUAGUUAAUAGCAAUCAUAUUCUUAACAAUUAUUCUUCAGGUUUAGUGGCAAAAACCACAGCCGAUUGACCAGAUUCAGACACACUUGGACCACAGUGCUCUACUAUGCUAGUAAAAUUAUAUUAGGUUAUAAUUUUAUGCCGCCACAUUUGCGUUAUUUCAAAAUACUUGCAAGCUUCACUUCAUUAAUGACAUCAAAAUGUUUUAGAUUAGAAUUGUUUUGAUUUACCAACAGUAUUUUUUGUUGCUGACAUUUACUACAUUUUAAAUUUUUGUUGAUUUUUGUUAAACUUGCCAUCUUAACCUUGUCUUCAUGCAAAAAGUUUAUCCCAGGUUAAUGUUCAGUGAAAUGCCAUUAAAUCACUUUUGUUUUGAUGGCAACUUAAAUUGUUAAAUUGUAGAAAGUUUUUAGUUUAAUAGUCACCAUAUAAAUCGCAGCAUCUAAAUGUAAUUGUUACUCAAAUAUUUCCCCAAAGUUAAUUUUAAGCAGUGCAGAAAAUAUACAGUACCAGUACUGAUGUGGUAUUCACGUGUGAAUAUUGUGGCACUAAGUGAUUGGCUCUAGUCUGUCUUCUCUGUUAUAAUGUCUGACAACAUUUUGGCAUUUCAUAUUUUCAGAAAGAUUAAAGCGUUGCCGCUCAUGCCUUUAUCACCUGUGCAGCUGAACGCACGGACAACGUCACCUGUCUGUCUCAUGGAGCUUCAAUUAUAUAUAUAUAUAUAUAUAUAUAUAUACUGUUUAGUUAGGAUGGUACACAAGGAGUACUUAAUUAGUACCCAUCACUAGUCUACACACUUUAAGCUGUAUGAUUAUCUCUAGAAAAAAGGGAGGGACUGUUGAACGAAUGACCAGUACAGUUAUAUGCCUCAGGAGUAUAUAAUAAAAGUCCACUACAGCGUUCGCCUACCUCCCUCCCAGUGUUCAAUAGCGAUCACAGGACUUGUAAAUGCACUAAUACUGCUUACUGUGUGCACCUGCUUUUCACAUAGGCUCUCCCACAUCUCCAGAAAGUAAUGUCGGGGUAAAAUGAAGAUGCUGGUAUGGAGCAGUUGAAAAGUAGCAUUAGUACAGCAGACUGUUUCUCAAAUAAAAGAUAUCUUAUUGUUUUAAAUCAUUGACUGUUUGGACCAGUGAUAAGACACGCCUACUCUAAGUCAACAUAGCUUUAUUUAAUAAUGCAGUGUAAUAAAAUUUAUUUAAAUAUAAUGUAAUAGUUUUCAAUUGAGUGAAUUUAAAGCGAGUCUAUUUAUCUGAAAUAGACAUUUUGUGGUAUUUUAGAAACCGUAUUGAUCAUAGUGUCUUAAUUAGAUUCCCCUGUUUUCUUCCUUAUGUGUGACUGAUAAGAUUUUUUUAAUGUUUUGAUUCUUACCCAAAUAUUAAAAUUCAGAUCUGGUCUGAAUUAUUAGACAUUGUGUGAAGCCUAUCUUUAGUACUUUUGAUGGUUUUGUGAGCUUUACCAUGGACCUUUAACUACCUUUAAUUAAGCAGUUACUUUUUUAUUUGACAUUUUCCUUUUUUUAGUUACAGGUGCCAUAUGAUUUUAAUUCUCCAAGUGCUUAAUAAGAAUACCUUUGAUACAGCUUCCACUGAUUCCUUGUUGGGUGCUCUUCCAAGAGUAUGAACACUGUUAAAUGUUUUCUGUAAAAACUACUGUAAGAAUUGGAAUAAAGCAGAAUAAGCA